AUUGCAAAACGGUGGAAAUGGGACAUAGUUAUGGCAAAAAAACUCUCUGAUGACCUGCAGGCCUAUAAUCAGUCAGUCGCUCCAUUUGCUGGUGGCCAAGCAGACGACCUUUCUUGGUGGCAAAACCUUCCAAUCAAUUCCGAACUCCACCCCCUCAAAGCCUUUGCCGUCACAAUCCUCUCGAUUGUAGGGCAUGCGGGCGAAGUAGAGUGCACAUUUUCCGAUCUUGGCACAACACAAUCUGCAUGGCGGUGUAAUCUGUCAGUUGAAAUAUUCGAGACACUCGGCAAAAUUCAUGCAAACCUUCGACACCACAGCACCAUAAAAGUGGCUGAGGCUGGGAAGUCCACUCGCUGUCGACAUGCUCACAUGCACACUUGUGAAGAGGUUGGCAUUGCUGUCAAGACUGUGCAGGAUCUUGAAGCAUCCUUUGCAUGGACACCUCCACUGUCAGCUGAACCUCGUGACACAGAUGACCUGCUUGCUGGUCCAGAGAGUAUCUCGCCCAAGGAUAUUGCUGCCGAAUUUGCAGCUCUCAAAGAA